GUGAAAAAAAAAAAAAAAAGGGGGAAGAAUACGGUUGUCGUCGUCGCCGGAGGAGAUGAGUGGGGCAGGAGCGCCGGACUUUUUCUACAGAGAAGCUCAACGUCUUGGCUAUGUUGCUCGCUCUGCGUUCAAGCUUUUACAGAUUCAAAAACAGUAUAAGCUCAUCAAACCAGGCUCCUCUGUUCUUGACCUAGGCUGCGCACCUGGUGCUUGGCUUCAGGUUGCCUGCCAAAGCUUAGGUCCACUUAAAAAUGGUGGAAAUGUUGUUGGUAUGGAUAUUAAGAAGGUGAAGGUUCCUCCACAGUGUGAUUCGCGAGUCCAAACCAUUUCCGCCGAUGUUCUUAACUUUCCCAGACAAAAGAUUAGAGAGUUAUCUCCUCAGCAAAUGGGAUUUUCUGUCGUUCUUUCAGACAUGUGUCCUUCAGUAUCUGGGAUUACCACUAGAGAUGCAGCUCUGUCUGCUGAAUUGGGAAUGCGAGCACUUAAUUUAGCUGUUGGUCAAGCUGCCAUCUCCCAGUCACUUGAUGACGAUAAUGAUGGGGGAGAUAAAGUUUCGAGCAACGAAACUAGUCGUGGUGUACUUAGGCAUGGAGGUCAUCUUGUGAUCAAGCUUCUAGAAAGCGAGGAUGCUCAAGAUUUUGCUCGAAUCUGCAAGCCCAUCUUUAACAAGGCAUCUUGGUUGAGGCCAAAAGCUACACGAUCAUCAUCUAGAGAAAUUUAUUUGAUUUGCCAGGGAUUUCGAUAAUGAAAGCCUUCAUUCCAUACAAUGAAACUCGAGUGGUAACUCUUUUCUAAAUAGAUGUGUAUUCAGUGUUUUUCAGGGAUUAUGUAGUUUACAGAGGAAAAUAACAAAUGAAAUAAAAUAGAAUGGAGAUUUUGCAUGUUA